GUUUGACGUCAAAGACUAUGUCAAUUAUUAUUCCAUUAUUGUGGUUUUAUUUCAAUAUGUUUAUCAAUCAUUUUAUUAGGAUUGUUUUCUUUUUCCAAGUGAUGAAUGGUCAGGGACUCCCGGUCACGUGGGAGGAGUUAUCCUCGCUGUGUACCCAGGUCCUGAUGCUGAGCUGUGACGACGGAUACGUGGCUGACGGUGACGAGAGACUCUGUGGAACUGAUGGUGUAACUUAUAAAAAUUUUUGUUUCUAUGCCCAGGGCCGGUGUCGAAAGCCAGAUAUCACAGUGGCUCACUUUGGGGUCUGUCUGAAUUCUACCACAAUGGAUAUCAACCCCAUACCAUCUACCCAGCCCCCGCAAACCACAACCUUGGACUUCAUCAUUCAAGUAUUUUGUACCCAUGCCACUAUAGAUUCCUGUCCCCUGGAUUUAGACCCAUUAUGUGGAACAGAUGGAAACUUUUACAGAAACGAUUGUUUCUUCGCCAUUGCUAAAUGCAAAGACACUUCAUUACAGAGUCAAGUGUUGGAGAAAUGUAGCACUGAUCAACUUUCUAGUAAUACAACAAUGACAAGUGGUUUAGUCGUAAUACGGAGGAAGAAAUGAAUCACCAAUUUUUUAAAAACUUCUAUUUAUUUAAUCACUGUAGCCCCGCUUCACUGUUGGUAUGAUGUACAAGUAUGGCAGAAAUGUUCAUUUUGUAAACACCUGUGUCUCAAUAAAACUGUUUCCGAAAUCUUUAAUAGAC